GCGUCGCGAGCACCGGGCAUCUACCCGGACUCGGUAGAACAAAUCACAGGCAGCGCCUCUCGCUCGCCGUCUGUCUGCGCAAUAAGCUCCAAGCCCGUGUAAGCGAAAACAUACGAUGGAAGUGAUAUAGAUCAGAAACCCGGGAGAGAGAGAGAGAGUGAGAGACACACACUCCCCACUUUGUAAAAAAGAAAGGUGCAUAAAACUACGGCAGAGCAGAAUGGAUGAAUUCCACGACCAACGAGUGCCUUACUUUAAUUCAAACAAAACACAAAGGAAGAAGAAGACAUCAUGCACUGAGCGUCCAGCAGCAAAUGACAGAAUGAGAAUAUUUGUGGAGUCAGACCUGUCCGUCGACAGUGAAGAGCUCUUCCAGGACCUGAGGCGCCUGCAGGAGACCUGGCUGGCAGAAGCUCAGGUUCCAGACAACGAUGAGCAGUUUGUCCCUGACUUCCAGACAGAAAACUUGGCCUUCCAUGCUCUACAUCUGAAGAUCAAGAGGGAGCCCCACAGUCCCUGCUCCGAGCUGGGCUCCAACUGCAGCCAGGACCGGCCCUUCAAGAUCCACUAUGGAGAGAAGUGCCUGUACAACAUCAGUGCCUAUGAGCAGAAGCACCCUUCCGGAAUGAAGCCCUCCAGCCCCGUCACUCCCCCCUGCAGCACCCCGGUGUCUCCCCUACACCAGGGCUCCCCCACCUCCGCACCCACCCCCAAGCCAGACCGGACCUACCUCGCCCCCCACGCUCAGCCUCCUCAGCCACUGACCGACAAUGGAUACCCCAUGGACCACAGGUUUCGCCGGCAGCUCUCGGAGCCGUGCCACUCCUUCCCGUCCCCGCCCGCCCCGGUAGUGCGGGACAGCCGACCCGUGUACCACCGGCAGAUGUCGGAGCCCAACAUCCCCUUCCCCCCCCAGGGCUUCAAGCAGGAGUUCCCCGACCCGCUGUUCGAGCACCCGGCCAUGGUGGGGGGUCCGGUGGUCCCGCACGCCUACCCGGCCUCCAUGAUCAUCAAGCAGGAGCCCCGCGACUUCACCUACGACUCAGAAGUGCCUAGCUGCCACUCGGUCUACCUACCGGACGGGUACCUGGCCCACGCCAACCGCACUGAAGGUUGUAUGUUUGAAAAGGUGGCGAGGCAUUUCUAUGACGACACCUGUGUGGUUCCCGAUAAGGUUGAAGGCGACAUCAAGCAGGAGUCGGGCCUGUACCGGGACGGCCCGUCGUACCAGCGCCGCGGCUCCCUGCAGCUCUGGCAGUUUCUGGUGGCCCUGCUGGACGACCCGUCCAACUCCCACUUCAUCGCCUGGACGGGCCGCGGCAUGGAGUUCAAACUCAUCGAGCCAGAGGAGGUGGCACGUCGAUGGGGAAUGCAAAAGAAUCGACCGGCGAUGAACUACGACAAGCUGAGCCGAUCUCUGCGCUACUACUACGAGAAAGGAAUCAUGCAGAAGGUGGCGGGGGAGAGAUACGUGUACAAGUUUGUGUGUGACCCCGAGGCGCUGUUCUCCAUGGCGUUCCCGGACAACCAGCGGCCCGUGCUGAAGACGGACCUGGAGCGCCACGUCAACGAGGAGGACACCGUACCCCUGUCGCACUUUGAUGACAACACACCCACCUACGGCCAGGAGGCCCCGCCCUACUGCCCCCCACACCCCUAUGGCGCCGAGGGCUACGUCUAUUGACGCCCACCCGACCCUCGCGGACCCCCCCAUCGUCGCCCCCUCGCUCCCCCCCCCCCCCCACCCCGUGACGAACCCACCACCCGUUUCGACAACCCCCGUCACCCCGCCUCAAACUGUCACAUCCUCUCAUUCACAUUUGCUCCGGGGACAAGACUGAGACAUUCAGCGGAGCAUCUCUCUCUCUCUCUCUCUCUCUCUCUCUCUCUCUCUCUCUCUCUCUCUCUCUCUCUCUCUCUCUCUCUCUCUCUCUCUCUUUUUGUCUCUCUCUUUCUGUCUCUCAAAGUCUUAUACAAACCCCAUAAUUGCUCUUGACUCUUGGACGCCCCAGCCCAACAACAGGAAAGAGAGUGCACUUUAUGGACAGGAAAUGGCGUUGGUGUUUACCCUGCUGGAGCUAGCUGGCCACGUGAUUGGUUGAUUUCAGAUGUUUAUAGUUGUCUUACCUUAAAAGUGGAUUUUCUUUGUUUUGGGGGGGGUUUGUUUUCAUGUAAUUUUAAGCAUGCAGAAGCACUCUGGUGAGGAUGGACACGAUGGCCGAUAGGACCCUCAAAGACAGAUCUGUUGGCCGGCAUUCUGUUGAGACACUCGUUGAAAGGAAAGAAACAAUUUCCUGUGAACUCGCGCCACGAUCAGAAAACAACGCUUCGCAGAGAAAGGCCUCAGUUCCAAUUGUCCUUUUGUUUUCCUCGUCCCCAGCUCAUCGUGUACUUUCAUACACUUUUACAGUGGUUAAUACUACAAAUGUAUUGUAAAGACUUUUACUUUCAUGGUGAAGUGAUAUGAUAAUAGGUUUCUGAAAAAAAUCAAUGUGGUGAUAUUGCACCAAUUAGUUGACGCCUCAACACAGCGAAAGACUUUUGCCAUGACUCCCUCCCCCCCUCACAUUGUCGACUAAUAGAUCUCAACACUUGUUUGUGUUUUUAAUAAAAUAAUUGCAGUUUAAAAUGAACCGGUCAAUUCACUUUAAAAAUCUACUGUAGCGUCCGUAAAAAAAAACAUAAUUUUCUCGAUGAAUGUUUAGAUAAAAAUUAACUAUGUUUCCAGGACACAUUAGUAACCUGAAUUUCAAAUUUCAAAUGAACUGUUGUUGGUUUCUUUAUUGUACUACUGUUUCAGACGACUCCUUCAUCAUUCCUUAUCACCAGAAGAAUGGAAGAAAUGUUUGUCCCUCAGACGUUUUCUUUUUCUUUACAUGAAAAUAAAUAUAAAAAAAGAAUCCAACAUGAGCAAAAAUAUCUCAUUUUGAAGUUAAACAUUUCCCUGGCUAUUUUUUCGAUGCAAAAAAAUGUACUGAUAAAUGACACACAAUACUAAUUUAAAAAAGAAAAAAUGCAAAUAAUUUAAAAAAGCUUUUCUUUUAUAUGUUUGCUUAUAUUUUGUUACAGGUGAACAGUGUAUAUUUGGCUUUUAUCAUUAGAUCACCACAUGGGCAGGAUUGCGUUUUCCAUCGAAUGGUAGAAGAAAUAUUUAGAGAUUCACGUGUGAUAAAGAUUCAUGUUAACUGAAAAUUGUGAUCAAUUGUAUAAUCAGGUUCAGUAAAUACACAGUUGUUGCUGCUUAAAAUAGUAAGUGUAUUUUUUAGUCUUAAAGAAAAAAAAAGAAAGAUAAGGCUAUUCUGGAUACUUAAUUUUGAUUUGGUUUUAUUUUAUUAAAACAAUUUGUUCUUUG